UCAAAAAACAAGCCAUGUCUGGAAAUAAAGUUGCUAAACAAAGUACUCUUCCUACGAAAAAAGAAGUAGAAAGUUGGAAUCGUCAAGAACUUUGUAACUUUUUGAUAUCGAAAGGUAUUGAGGAUAAAGAAAUUAAGAUUAUCAUCGACAAACAAAAGGUCGAUGGUUCAACCUUCCUUGAACUGACCACGGAAACUCUUCAAAAAUGGAAAAUACCAGGCGGACCAGAUAUAAAAAUAUUAAAGUUGGUUAAUGAAAUUCAAGGAGGCAUAAAACCAUUUACCGGGAAGGUAUCCGUUCUUGUUGAUAAUUUCAGUUUGCUUAAGCAAGGUGAAAAAACCGUGAGGUUUUAUGAGAGAGAUGUUGACAGAGUUAAGAUGCUCGUUAGUUACAAAAAUCUUCAAUCAUUCAUAUUAAAUGGACGAGAGUUGGGUGGCCCUUUAGAAAUAAUUUGCUCAUAUUCUUCCAUGAGAAAAAAACUUGUUAGGUUUUGGGAUAAAAUUAAAAGUCAAGGUUUUGUUGUUCACCCCAUUAAAAAAAAACCAAUCAUGACAAGAGAAAAAAGAGUAGAUAUGCAAUUAGCUACCCGUGGAGAGCAAAUCUUGGAAGAGAGGAAUCCUGGAAUAUUGGUUAUAGUAACAGGCGAUAGUGGUUUCAAACCAUUAAUUCGAAGUGCUAUGAAGAAAGGGUGGAAAGUUGAAAUAUGGUUCUUGUCAUUUGGUAUAAAAUAUUUCUGUAUUUGA